CCGCGCAUGGGCGCCGCGCCGCAGGGGGCCUGACCCCCGCCAGCUCCGCGCCAUGGCAGCCCGCGCGCCCCCCGCCGCACCUGCGGCGGAGGAGUCUGGGGGCCCGGGUGGUCCCCCGCGCAGGAAAAAGUCCCGAUCGGGCGCGUCCGGCCUCCGCCGUGCCUUCAGCUGGCUGCGGGGCAAGCGGCGCAAGAAGAAGACUGGGGGCACCGAGGGCGCGGAGGCGGCUGCCCUUCGCGCGAAGAAGGCGGACGACAAGACCAAGAAGGCCAAGGGCAAAGGCCGAGGCUCUGCCAAAGCUGAAAGUGACAAACGCCAGAGUGUAGGAUCCAGCCAGGGACCAGGGUUUGUUGUGGGUGAGCACCAGGACAAUGUCUUCUUCCCCAGUGGGCGACCACCUCACUUGGAAGAGCUGCACACUCAGGCCCAGGAGGGGCUUCGCUCCCUGCAGCACCAAGAAAAACAGAAACUGAACAAGGGUAGCUGGGACCAUGGAGACACCCAGAGCAUCCAGUCCUCCCAGACAGGGCCAGAUGAAGACAGCAUCUCCUUCUGCAGCCAGACUACAUCCUACACAGCUGAGAGCUCCACGGCCGAGGAUGCUCUGUCCAUCCGCUCGGAGAUGAUCCAGCGCAAAGGCUCCACCUUCCGACCCCAUGACUCAUUUCCCAAAUCAUCUGGAAAGUCGGGGCGCAGGCGGCGCGAGCGUCGGAGCACAGUGCUGGGACUGCCUCAGCAUGUGCAGAAGGAGCUCGGCCUGCGGAAUGAGCGUGAGGCACCAGGUACUUCUCGACCACCUGGUCCACGAGAUGCCAUCCGCAUCCCCACAGUGGAUGGCCGCCCAGCUGGCCUGGCCUUAGGGACAGGGGUCCGGGUGUCCCUACAGGCCCUGGAAGCAGAAGCAGAGGCUGGUGCAGAUACAGAGGCCAUGCUGCAACGCCACAUCGACCGUGUCUACCGGGAUGACACACUCGUUGGCCGGUCCACUGGGAUCCGGCCCCCGCCAUUGACCCGGCCCAUGUCCCUAGCUGUGCCAGGAAUGACAGGAGGGGCUGGGCCUCCAGAGCCCCUAAGCCCAGCCAUGUCCAUUUCACCCCAGGGUACCUACUUGUCAAAGCUGAUCCCACAUGCUGUGCUGCCACCCACAGUGGAUGUGGUAGCCCUGGGCCGCUCUAGUCUGCGCACACUGAGCCGCUGCAGCCUGGUCUCAGCCAGCCCAGCCUCCAUCCGUUCGCUGGGCCGCUUCUCCUCAGCCUCCAGCCCCCAGCCCCGCAGUCGCCAUCCUUCCUCCUCUAGUGACACCUGGAGCCACUCUCAGUCCUCUGAUACCAUUGUGUCUGACGGUUCUACCCUCUCUUCUAAGGGCGGCUCUGAGGGCCAGCCAGAGGGCUCUGUGACUAACGCCAGUGUGGCUCCCCUGCCUCAAGGUGGCAGUGGGAGGGGCUCCCCUAGUGGGGGUAGCACUGCGGAAGCCUCGGACACGGCCAGCAUUCGGAGCAGUGGGCAGUUAUCUGGCCGGAGCGUGUCCCUACGAAAGAUGAAGCGCCCUCCACCACCGCCCCGCCGGACCUACUCUCUCCAUCAGCGGGGCUCAGCAGCACCUGAUGGGCCCUUAGGGCUGCCUCCCAAGCCUGAGCGGAAGCAGCAGCCACAGCUGCCCCGGCCACCCACUACAGGUGGGUCAGAAAGGGUGGGGGCAGCACCCUGUCCACCCAACUCAGCAGGUGGCUGGGUGCCUGGCUUGUCUCCUAGUGGUUCCCGGUGCCCACCACACUCCCCAGAACGGACACUUUCACCCUCCAGUGGAUACUCGAGCCAAAGUGGUACCCCGACUCUCCCUCCCAAGGGGCUAGCAGGUACCCCUGCCUCCCCAGGCAAGGCCCAGCCCCCUAAACCAGAGCGUGUCACAUCCCUUCGAUCUCCUGGAACCUCUGUGUCCUCUUCUCUUACAUCUCUGUGUUCUUCCUCCUCUGAUCCUACCCCCUUAGACCGUUCUGGUCCACAUAUGUCAACCUCCAUAGCUGAUAGGUUUGUCAUACCUCCUCACCCCAAGGUGCCUGCCCCCUUCUCCCCACCUCCCUCUAGGCCCAAAACCCCUAACCAGGCUGCCUCUGCUCUGGCUGCCCCACCUGUGGAUCCUGGGCCCAGCUCUACCACUAAUGCCAGUCCUCAGUCCCCUCCUCCCCAGACAUCCCUGACCCCUUCCCAGGAGUCUCCUAGUGUCUCCAAAGACCACUCACCCCCACCAUCCCCACCUCCAUCUUAUCACCCACCUCCACCCCCUAGUAAGAAGCUGGAGGUGGUUGAGGAGACCCCACCAGCCCCAGAGACUGCUGAGGAACCCCUCUUAGACCCCAACUGGCCCCCUCCCCCACCUCCUGCAUCUGAGGAGCAGGACCUAUCCAUGGCAGACUUCCCUCCACCAGAGGAGGCUUUUUUCUCUGUGGCUGGUAUUGAGUCUGCAGGCCCUUCAGAUCUCCCAGAGCCUGUGAGCUCUUCAGCUGCUUCACCUUCAGCUGCUGUCUCUGCCCAGAGCCAGCCCCAGGGUCCCCCAGAGCCUCCUCCUGCUCCACCAGUUCCACCUCCAAGUAGUUCUGUCCCUGAGCUUCUAGCCAAACCCCCUCAGAAGGAGAAGGAGCCAGUGGGCAGCAGCAAGAGCAGUGGGACUCCUAGGGAGGACACAGGUACACCUCUGGUCACCCCCUCACUGCUGCAGAUGGUGCGGCUGCGCUCUGUGGGCUCUCCCACAGGGGCUCCCACUCCAGCCUCUGGGCCACCAGCCCCCCAGAAGCCGCUCCGAAGGGCCCUGUCAGGGCGGGCCAGUCCUGUGUCUGCCCCCUCUUCAAGGCUCCAAGCUGCCGUCCAACUUAAGGCCUCCCAGCUGAAUGGGGCACCGGAGGCACAGCUGCGGUCUCCCCAGUCCCCUGCCUGCACGGCCAGCUUCAUCUUUUCCAAGGGCACUAAGAAGCUGCACCUCGAGCGGCCUGUGUCCCCUGAGGCCCAGGCUGACCUCCAGCGGAAUCUGGUGGCAGAACUUCGGAGCAUCUCAGAGCAGCGUCCACUUCAAGCACUGAAGAAACCACCUAAGGCUCCCCCACCUGUGGCCCGAAAGCCUUCUGUGGGUGUUCCUCCACCUGCUUCCCCCGGUUUGUCUCCAUCUGAGUCCCUUACUGCUCUUCCCACCAACGGGCUCCCUCAUGCUGAGGACAGGACUGAGGGGGAGCUGGCCAAGAACGGAGGUGUGAAGCUGGCAGGCCCAGAGGAGAAGAUGAGUCCCCCAGGCUCAGAGCCACAGAAAGAAUUGGUCUGACCACCACACUUGUUGGUACUGCUGACCCAUCCCAGGAAUACAAUCUCUCAGGGACCUGAGGAGCUCCAAGGACCAGAGGACACGGCAGACACAACCUAAGGGAGGACGCCUGCAGCCUUAACCUCACGGCCUUUGAUAUUUAUGCAAGCCUGGUGUUGCCCGGUCCUCCAAACUACCCACAUCUCAUGCCUUUUCUCAAAGGGUUCACCUCUAGCAGUUGCUGCUUCAGCGUUGCCUUAGCUUCAUUUUGAAGGAGGUAGCUGGUGGGAGGUGACUGCGCCCCCUGCUGGCGACAAGGCCACAGAGGCGUGUGAACGCUUUUUUUUUUUUUAAAUGUCCAAAUCAUGCACAUGCUGUAGUCCAGAAUCAAAGCACUUUCCCAAGUGGCUACGUGUCCAUUUUUCAGGGCCUGUGAAGCCACAUUUCAAGGGCCUGUUUACAUGGCAGCAGCAUCCAUCUCUGGUAACCAGUCCAUAUCUGGGGCCAGUCUGUCUCUUGUCCCCCAAUCUAGUUUGCUCCUUAGUUCUUGGAGGUGAACAAAUCACUUAUUCCCACAGGCUUCCCCAGGCUGAGGGCAGAGUGGGACUGGAAUUCCAAAGCACAAAAGGUGCAGUGGGAGCUAGCCUUCCUGUGCCUCAACUUACUACCAACCUCCUGCCUUCCAGUUCUGCCAGGUGCUCCAUGCAGGGGACAAGGGGGAGACUGCUAGGACCCAGAUGGGUAGAGGAAGAGCCACAGAUGAGGUCUGAGGUCCUCUGUGUCCCCUGAAUGUGAAGACAGUAGCAAGUCAUCUCAGCCAGUCCCUGGCGCGCCAGGCACCUGCCUGUUUGAUCAGGUCAGGGUGGCUCGGCCCAGUUUCAGAGGCAGAAGCCCAUGGGCUUGUUGUCUCUUUCAGCCUGGCAGCGAGUACUGAGGUAGGAGAAUUGGCAAGGGGAGAAGUGUUUGGGCAGCAGGCCCAGAUCUGGCCCUUGGACCUCUUUUCUCAGUGAUGUCCUUUCUGCAGCUACCUUUCAGCGUUGAGUGGUUCUGCUGGGGAAACAGGCUGAAUGGCAAGGAUGGGAAAAGCUAAAGGUGCAUUUUAUUCAACCUCCCUAGUCAGUGAGGGGCCACACAGUGUUCCUACAGAGGAGGCCCAUGGCUGUCCCCUAGGUGUCAGCCUGUGCUACUGAUCUCUCCUCUGGGAACUUAACAACCUGUUUUUAGCCUGUACCACCUGUUUAGUAAGCUGGCUUCCUCAGUGGCCCUUGUGACUCUAUAGGGGUGGUCAUAGUGCCUCCCUUUACAGCAGCCUGGCUGCCACCCAGAGCCAUCCUUUCUUGAUCCUUACCAGUGACAUGGACUUGAGCCAGGCAAGUAACCUUGCAUUUAGCUUCUGUCACCAGGAGGGUGGCACUCUGGCUCAUCACCUGCUCCCCAAGAGCUGGUAACAUGGGGGGUUUGUAGGCUGCUCCUGAGACUUAGUUCAUUAGCACCAUCUUCCCUAUAGCUAUAAACCAAGUCUUUCCCUAGCCCUGUGGGUAAUGGGGAGCGGCUGGUGGGUGUUGUGUUGCACCUGCCCUGUGAGUCGAGGAAGGACAAUCUGUAAGCACUGUUCUGCCUGGAGCUCCUCAUCUGCCUGCCCUAGGACCCAGGACCCACCCAAGCCCCGUGAACCUGGCAAUAUACUCGAUGCCGAAGGCAGGAGGGAGCCAACUUGUGUCCUUCCUUGCCCUCACCCAAUGUUGCUGGAGCCCUUCUCAUUUAGGACUUUCUGAGCUUAUUUCCCCACUGGGUGGGCCAGAGUACAACAGAGAAGGAAUCUAGCAGAGGCAACCUUUAUCUCUGGGGUAAAUGUUAACUUGACUGAGUGCAAAUGGAGAGACCAAAAGCCUCUGAUUUUUUAUUUGCAUAAAAAUGUUAGAAGACAGAAGUAUAUAUAUAUUUCUUUAAAUUUUUGAGUCUUUGAUAUGUCUAUAUAAAUCCAUCUCUGUCCUAAAGCUUGAGACACAUGAAAAGCCUGUGUUUCAUUUAAAGGUAUUAAUUAAAUGAUUGAAACUUG